UAGGGUUUAGCGUUGUCUACUACAUAUACGGACGCCUCCCCCUGCUUUAAUACAGUAACCUCAGGGCAAGAUGAUCGAGAGAUCUGAUUCUCUGUUUUUUCCGCUCACUGUACUCAUCGAUCUCUCUUUGCUCUAUGUGGAUCGGAUCAUAACAUGUUGAUUCUUCAUAGGAUAUGCAGGGGUAUUCUUGCUCCGAACCUAAUAAAAUUAAAUACGCUAAACAAAUCCUAUACAAAGUGUUCCCUCUUGUAACAAGACUCAAUGAAGACCAGCUGAUGGAGAAGGAAAUAGAGGUUAAGCUUAAAGGUGUAUCUAUAUUAGAGUUAGAGUUACAGGAUGCGGAUGUAUUUUGUGACAGCUGUGGAUCAUAUUUCUUUGACUUAUAUAGAAGUUGUGCAUGUGGAUAUGUUUUAUGUCUUGUGUGUCGCCGAGAGUUGCGCGAUGGUCAGCUUAAGGGUGGAUGGAAAGCCCGCAUAGAUGGUAGCAUUCCUUGCCCACCAAAACAUAUUGGUGGUUGUAAUGAUGGGACCCUUGAUUUGAAAUGCAUAAUGUGCGUUGAUUGGAUUAUAAAUAUCCUAGAGAAAGCCAACCGGGUAUACAAAAUCGACAAUGGUUAUGAUGAUCCCCAAACCUGUAUGGAAUUCAAUGAGAGUUGUUUGUUUUCUUUGAGUGCUAAAGACAUUCAACCUCAACAUAUGCAACAUUUCCGAUCACGUUGGUCAAAAGGUGAGCCAAUAAUAGUCCAUGAUAUUCUUUCUACUUCUUCAGGGCUAAGCUGGGAGUCAAUGGUUUUGUGGCGUGCUUUUCGUGACAUGACAAAAAAAGACAAUUAUAACGUGAAUGCAAUUAACUGCUUGGAUUGGAGUAAGGUGAUUAUCAAUCUUUGCAAAUUUUGUAAGGGAUACUCUGAAGGUCACGUUACAAAGCGGAUUUUGAAGUUGGAGGAUUGGCAACCUUGUUGCUUAGAACAAGGAGAAUGGCCAGGCCAUUUUAUUGAAUAUGUUAACUGCUUUCCUUUUAAAGACUACACAAGCCCUCAUAACGGCUACCUUAAUAUGGCUGUGAAGUUGCCGGAUUUGUCAUCAAAACCGAACAUGGGUCCAAAGAUGGAUAUUGCUAAAGGAGGCUCUGUUACUAAGAUUCACUAUGAAAAAUCUGAUACUGUGAAUAUAAUGACACAUACAAAUUCUGCAUCAACAACACUUAACAAGACAAAAAUAGUGAAACAAGAGCAUGGUGACCAACAUGAAGUGGGCCCACAAAGUCAACAAGAUGUAGUUGACCCAAUGGAGGGAGUUGCUCUGUGGGAUAUAUUUCAGAGGCAAGAUGUACCUAAAUUGGAGGAAUAUCUAAGAAAGCACUCCGCAGAGUUUAGGCAUACUGGUUGUUCAGUUGAGCAGGUUUCUCGCCUUCUCCAAGUACAGAGGUCUUAAAUGAUUUAAAUUUUCGGAGAAUUUCUGUUGAUGAUUAUGGAGAGCAUCGUCAUUGGAAGGAAGGGCCUUCUUUGUGUGCGUGCUGGGAAAGGCUCUACUGCAAAAUGAUGCUUUUUUAUUUAUCUGGAGCAUGAUCUUGCAACAAGAUUUACCUCUUCUUGCUCAACUUUUUCAAAGAUUUGUAUUUCAAAGGCGCGGAGUUCUCUUCACCUAGCUUCAUUUGGGGAUGAAGAAGCUUUGAUCGGAGACGAAGAUGAAUUCAGCUCAAAAUCCAACUUCUUCUGCCGAUCAUCAGUGGAUCUAGGUUAUCCUGCAGAAGGAUUCUGGUUAGCGUCUCCUGGAUCUGAAGAUUCAUCAUCUUCAUCCACAUGCAUUGCUCGAACUGGAUCAACUUUCAUGCACCUCAAUAGAUGUUGUUUCCCCUACAUCAACCCUUUAGGGAAAGUGAAAUUGUGAAGACUUUUAGAUCGCUCCAUCCACAAGAUUUAAAUGUUGUAGAUAGUAUCUUAUGGGAGAUUUUUGUGCUUGAAGAGCUGGGCUGAUUAUUCAACCUAGGAGUUCUAAUUGUAACAUGUUGAUUGCUCAUAAUGUUUUCAUUUUUGUUUACUUCUUCAUUGUUGUACGUUUUGUUGGUUCUCUUAGUAAGAUGUAUUGAUAACAUAUAGAAUAAUUUUUUAUUGAUGUUUUGAUCUUUAA